AUGUGGGUCACAGCCCUCCUCCUCCUCCUGCUGCUGCUGGUGCUGCUGCUGGGACGACGAGGGGCGUCGCGGCUGGAGCCUGCCGGCCGGGCCGUGCUCAUCACCGGCUGCGACAGCGGCUUCGGGCACCUGCUGGCGCUGCGCCUGCACCGCCUCGGCUUCACCGUGUUCGCCGGCUGCCUCUGCCCGGGCGGCGCCGGGGCGCGGCGGCUGCAGCGGGAGGCGGCCGCCGGGGCCGGGCGGCUGCGGGUGCUGCGGCUGGAUGUGACCUGCGGCCGCGACGUGCAGGCGGCCAAGGAGCUGGUGCUGAGCCACCUGCCCGAGAGAGGUUUUUGGGGGCUUGUGAACAAUGCAGGAAUAUCAACAUUUGGUGAGACAGGAUGGCUGUCUAUGGAAAAAUAUGAAAAAUUUACAGAUGUGAAUCUUCUUGGGAGCAUCAGGACAACCCUGGCAUUUCUUCCCCUUCUGAGGAAAUACAAGGGACGUAUUGUCUUCAUGUCCAGCAUUAUUGCCUAUUUUGCUUUGGGAAAUGGCAUUUAUUCUAUGACCAAGGCAGCUAUUGAAAAAUUUUGUGAUGCCUUAAGACUGGAAAUGAAGAAGUUUGGUGUUCAGGUCUCUAUUAUUCAGCCAGGAAACUAUGCACGCUCUACCAAAAUCCAGCCACCAGUCAGUGCCGAAGAGAUUUGGAAUGAACUCAGCGAAGACGAAAAGGCAGUUUACAACAAGGAGUACGUUCAAGAGCGGGCAAACUUUUUCAACAACAUCCUCAGCGAAGGAAGCCCUAAUGGCAAUGAAGUUGUAGAUGCUAUGGUUGAUGCUUUAAUGUCUCCUGCACCCAAGGCACGUUACAUGGUAGCAAGGCUAAAGGAAAAAGCACUGGUGCUUGUAUGUGCUUUACUUCCAACUACUGUGAUGGAUUUUUUUCUGUCUUAUGCACUGAGUAAAGUCAAGCUUACAUAG